AUGUUUCGUAAACCAACGAAGAAACGUGCACCGGUUCAGGCACGCCAACGCCAAGAAGAGGAGUUGUCCGGAGAUGAAGACUCGAGCGUCAUCAAGGACGUCAAGAGGCGGAAACGAGCUAAUCCGUUCCAGCAGUCGGCCGGCGCUGAAGAGUCCACAUCUAGUGAUGAUUCAGACGAGGGAACUGGUAAUCUUGUGGCCGAACAUGCCUUCGCUGCCAGUGGCAGCGCCGCUCCUCUCGGGCCAAGUGAUCAGGGAGCCACUGCUACUCUCGACGUCGACACCGAUUAUGCAGCAGACGCACAAGCGCAGUUUGAAAGAGUUCAGCAACAACUCAAAGAUGGCCUUGUUAAGGACGGAAAAACGAUUUACAAGGGGCAGGCGAUGUAUGGUGCGAAGGAAGCUAAAGAUACAGUCAAAGGAAACGCUAGCAGUGGACUGAAUAGGAUAGGUCCCAUACGUGCACCACAAUUUCUUCGUCAGACUGUUCGUUGGGACUAUGCGCCUGACAUUUGCAAGGAUUUUAAGGAGACUGGCUUCUGUACCUUUGGAGACUCCUGCAAGUUUCUUCAUGAUCGUUCUGACUACAAGCACGGAUGGGAGAUUGAACGCGAUUACGCUUCUGGGCGACUUGACAAGAUCAAUGAAGAUGAAGACGAAUUUCCUGAAGACUGCUACAUCUGCGGCAAACCCUUUGUUUCGCCUGUAGUGACAAGGUGUAAACAUUAUUUCUGCGAAACUUGUGCGUUAAGUGCAUUCAGAAAGAAUAAACGAUGCGCAGUUUGUGGCGAAAAUACUGGAGGAGUAUUCAACAUUGCAAAAGAUCUCAUCGCAAAGUUAACAGGUACAGCGAAGAGCAAGAGGAAGGAGGAGUCCGACUCGGAUUCAUGUGAGGAACACGAAGCCUCAUGUAGUCAUCAUACUGUUAAGGAAGAAGUCCAAACAGUAAAGGAAGAGCAACCUGAAGAAGACAUCGUUGAGGUCAAGCAGGAAGUCCAAGAGGAAAGUGACGAAGGCGAUAAUGAGGAAGGCAGUGAGGGCAGUGAUGAACAUGAAGACGAUGGGCAGGACGAAGUACAGGAAAGCGUAGAAAUCAAAAUGGAGGAAAUUGAGCAGGAUGAUGUUGAAGCAGAUGAGGAUGAUGCAGAAUAUGAAGAGCAGUCUGAGAGUGAAGAUGAGGAUCCACGUACCUAA